AUAUCGCACUUAGUAUCAAACAAAUCGAAAUUCAUGUUUGGCUAGAAAAUGAAUAAAUUAAAUUUAUUUGUACUGUGCAUUUUAACUGUGACUUGCAGCUAUGUAGCUGCUAAAGAAAAGGUCGUCGUAUGUUACUAUGGGACAUGGGCAACAUAUAGACACGGUGACGGUCAAUUUGAUGUAGCCCAAAUCAAUACUGAUCUUUGCACACACCUCAUAUAUACUUUUGUUGGGAUCAAUAACCAAGGAGUUGUUAUAUCGUUGGAUCCCUGGCUGGAUUUACCGGACAACUGGGGAAGAGAUAACUUCAGAAAAUUCAACGCUUUAAAACAGUAUAAGCCAAGUCUCAAAACCUUAUUAGCUGUCGGAGGAUGGAACGAAGGAUCAGCCAAGUAUUCUGUGAUGGCGGCAAGUCCAACUUUAAGAAAUAAUUUCAUUACUAGCGCCAUUGAAAUGGUUCUAAAGUACGGUUUUGAUGGCUUCGACAUAGACUGGGAAUAUCCUAAUGGUCGCGACUCUGUCUACGGGAAGGCUGACAUCGACAACUUUACUCUACUACUGAAGGAGAUGAGGGCGGAGUUCGACAAACACGGUCUGUUGUUGAGUGCGGCGGUAGCUGCCGCAGGGAGCGUCGCAGCUUCGUACUACAAUAUACCAGCUUUUACACAAUACGUGGAUUAUGUAAACCUAAUGACAUACGAUAUGUAUGGUGCAUGGGAUUCAGUCACCGGACACAACGCUCCACUCCACAAGGGUCAAGGAGACGAGAAUGUUGCUAGAGAGAACGUCUUCACUGUCGAUCUGGCUUUGGAGUAUUGGCUUCAGCAAGGUUGUCCUGCAGACAAGUUGGUUCUGGGUAUACCACUAUACGGACGCACGUUCCAACUGACGAAUGCUAAUAACAACGGAGUCCGAGCACCAGCAAGUGGUGCUGGAAUCGCAGGCCCGUGGACUGCCACUAGUGGAUUUAUCGGGUACAAUGAAUUUUGCCUGAGGUUGAAAACAGAGUCUUGGGAUUUACGUUAUGACAGCUUAGCCAAAGUACCAUAUGCUGUUCAAGGUCGUAACUGGGUUUCCUAUGACGAUCCAAACUCUAUAGCGGUUAAAAUUGAACACGCUUUACAAUAUAACAUAGCUGGAGCUAUGAUAUGGAGUAUAGAAACUGACGAUUUCCGUGGGAAAUGCGCAGGAGACUUUCCUUUGCUCAGAGCUAUCAACCAAGCACUGGGAAAAUAUUCGGCGACAACAACACCGGCUGCAAGUUCUACAACAACCACGUCAACUACAACUACUACUACUACUACUCCUAAGCCGGCGCAAACUUCAACAACUACUACUUCUCAGCCUACAACAACUUCAACGACCACUACUACUCAACCUGCACAAACAACAACAACUACUACUUCUAGACCUGCAACAUCUUCAACUUCAACUACCACUUUGGCACCUUCGUCAUCUGUUUGUCAAAGAGAAGGAUUCAAUCCUGACCCUACUAGCUGCAACAGCUUCUACGUCUGUGUGAUGGGUGGUUAUGGAGUGUUAGUGCCACACCGCUUCACCUGCUCGGCAGAUCUUCAUUGGGAUCAACAGAAUUUAGUAUGCAAUUACUCUCACCAAGCAAAUUGUAAAAACUGAUUGUAUUUUCCAAAUAAAAAUUAUUGUCAAUCUUU